AUGCCUUCGAUCUUAUCUCCAGUUCUACUGCUUCUAAUGCUCUCGCUUCUCAAUCAAAGAAGUUGGGCACAAAAUACGGCCGUUGGACCUUUUUUGACAAGUGAUACCGCUCGAUGCUACUCCUGCAUGUCCAAACUAUACGAAGCGGUUUGGCCUUCCCUAUCACAUAUUUACAAAAAACCUAGGAACUUCACAGACGACUGUAACGAUGACCGAAUUGCUGAAGGACGAGUCCCGAUCGUCCAUUGCCCGACGAUAUGUGUCUCGCUUUUUGAGCAACCAAACAUUGCAGGAGUCCGAAUAAAGGGAUACAUACGAGGGUGUAUGAGUGAUGUACUGAUAAGCGGUUUCAAUCAGACAAUUGUGACAUGGUAUCGGUGGAUGCAUAGAGAUUCUUGUCGACCUUAUAGGAAAAAAGAAUUAUUCAAACUUGGCGGAGAAUCAGCAGACGACUCGACAAUCGACGUCUGCACAUGCUAUGCAGACCACUGUAAUGGAAACUCUGCGUCUCUCACUUCCCCAUUAUCUAUAGUGUCUUUCCUGGUUUUAAGUUGGUUGUUUUUGAUAGGCUAA